AUGCAAUUAGGUCUAUCAGAGUCAUUGCCGGCCUUGGUUGCCAGGCGCUUUACAGCUGCUCGAGAUGCUGGCCAUCUCGUGUUCUCCAAAACUCAUUUAUCCAUCAUCAAUGCUGCAGGAAUCUCCUACCAACUACGUUAUUGUCCUGCCCUCGCAAAGAAACCUUCCAACCUCAAACCCGAACCUGGCCCAAAACCGAAGCCUGAUCCCUUCGAAAAUCCCUCUCCAGAUCUCCUGAUCGCUCAGUUCCCGCCCGAGAAGCCCGUUUACAACCUCAUUCUCAACAAGUUCCCCGUGAUCCCCAAUCACUUCCUGCUCGUGACGAAGGACUGGCAGGCCCAGACCGAUCUACUUGACAAGGCCGAUCUAGAAGCGACAUAUGAGUGCCUCAAAGCAUGGAACGCCGAGGAUGACUCCAAGAGUCUCUUCGCUUUCUUCAACUCUGGCGACGACAGCGGAGCCAGUCAACCCCAUCGCCAUCUUCAAUUCCUCCCCGUUGAGGCUAUGCGCCAACCCGGCUCCGAGGCCUGGCACCCCUUGAUUGACCUCCUGCAACCCACCUCGCCUUCCCCAUCAACCAAAUUCCAGCACCUGUCCGGCCUUCCUUUUGCUCAUUUCGCCCUCCCGCUACCGCCAAAUCCCUCUGCAGAUACCCUUCACUCCAUCUACAUUACCCUCUACAAGGCUGCGGCAGCCGCCACCCGAGGGCACUCCCCAGGGCAAGACACCGAAACCCUCUCUUCACAGGGACCGUCCUCCAUCAGUUACAAUUUGGCCAUGACCCGCUCGACGAUGUUGAUCUGCCCGCGCAAACAAGAGACAGCACUCAUGCCUAUUGACCCUGCCGCGGCAAGAGACAUUGCAGACCCCGGUGUUCUCUCGCUGAACGGCACCAUCCUCGCAGCGACGUUGAUGGUUAAGGCCGAAGGUGAGUGGGACUCGUUGCGCGAGAAUCCCGAGCACCUGACGCAGGUGCUCGCUACAGUAGGAUACCCUCGCACUGAUUCUCGGGGCCCUUCUCUAUGA